CGAGCAGUCAUCGGAGCACGUGCCGCUUUCUCUUUCGCACCAAGCCUUAUACUUACUUACUUAUUUCUGACGUAGAAUGUACUGUGAACAGACUACAGAGCCGUAGCAAUCAUUAGCCACAAACUUGGGUAGUAAUGUAUACAACGCGCCGUUGUGAUUGUCCAGAAAGGAUUGGUUUUUGAGUACCCAUAGGCAACUGACAGUGAGCGAAAUGCAGUCGACAUCCAGCGAUCACGAAUUGAAGCGACUUUUAGCGAGUCCUUCGAGAAAUUCCGACGAUGGCAAUGUUCCAAUGUCUCCCAGGUCCGGAGGAUCACAAUCACAAACUCAAAGUAAUCCUUAUCAAUCUAUGGUACCUUUAACUCCAACUGCCACACCUAUUACUAGCGGGAUAAUGGAACCUACUUUACAAAAUGUAGUGUCAACCGUUAAUUUAAAUUGUGAACUCAAUCUUAGUUACAUUAAUAUAAGAACUAGAAAUUCGGAAUAUAAUCCUGCCAGAUUCACAGGGCUCAUUAUGAGGAUUAGAAAUCCUAAAGCAACAGCCCUUAUUUUUAGAUCUGGUAAACUUGUUUGUACAGGAGCCAGGAAUGAAGCUGACUCAUUACUAGCAUCUAAAAAGUUUGCUAGAAUUAUCCAAAAAGUUGGCUUUAAUGUAAAAUUCACAGAAUUUAAAAUACAAAAUAUUGUUGCUACAACAGAUGUGAAAUUUGUUAUUAAGCUGGAGGAAAUUCCUUAUUUACACAACCAUUUUGUAAGUUAUGAACCAGAAUUAUACCCUGGUUUGAUAUACAGAUUGAUAAAUCCUAACCUUGUACUAAUGAUAUUCGUUAAUGGAAAAAUUGUCCUGACUGGUGCCAAAAAUCGUCAACAACUCAAAAUAGCUAUGGAGUAUAUAUAUCCUAUACUGAGGAGUUAUAAAAAGAAAUAAACUUUUUACUACAAAUUAGAAAUUAAAAAAAUAAUAAUAAUAAUAAAACUUGAAACUGUUG